AUGUGGAUGUAUCAGAAGGAAACGCGGGCAAUCGAGAUCACGGUCAAGCCAUUCUAUCUGGAGGAGCAGUCCGAGCCCGACGAUAGCCAUUUCGUGUUCGCCUACCACAUCCGGAUACAGAACAACGGCCACGACGUGGUCCAGCUCUUGAACCGCCACUGGCAGAUCACCGACGGCCGCGGCCGCAUCCAGGAGGUGCGGGGGCCGGGAGUCGUCGGCGAGCAGCCGGUGCUGCGGCCGGGAGAGGCAUUCGAAUACACGAGCGGCUGCCCGCUCAACACCGCGACCGGGAUCAUGGUCGGCACUUAUGAGAUGGAAACGCUGGACGGCGAGCGCUUCGAUGUGGAUAUUCCGGCAUUCUCGCUCGACACGCCGGAUGCGCCCGUGCAGCUUAACUGA